GUCACAGUAAAGUGUUUGAGAGCUCCUUGGCGAGAGAAGCUGCAAUCAAAGGAAUGUUUUGUUUGUUCUCAAACACUGGAUAUGUUGGGUCAAUGAACUGUUACUCCAGGAAGCAGAGCUGAGAGGACAAACUGAGAAGACAUUAUUGUGAUGACAAGCAGGAAUGCAACACUUCCACAGAAGUCUCUCAUCUAGGGAAACAUGCAGUAAAGCAACCUUUAAACUAGUGACUGUAACCUGGUCCAGGUUUGUCAGUGCCUGCUGAGAAAGUCUUCUAGAACUUUAAAGCAGGAUACAAGACAACUGUCCUCAUCAGGAUCCAGGAUCUUCCCAGACACUUCACCAGCCCUGCACACAGAGCAAGAUGAUUGACCUAAGCUUCCUAACAGAGGAGGAGCAAGAGGCAAUAAUGAAGGUGCUGCAACGGGAUGCAGAGCUUAAAAGAACUGAAGAAGAGAGAGUCAGGCAUUUACCAGAAAAAGUCAAAGACCAUGUUAAGCUAAAGAAUAUGAGUGGGCAGUGGUUUUAUGAGGCCAAGUUGAAGAGGCACAGGGACAAGAUCCAUGGAGCAGAUAUUAUCAGAGCUUCCAUGCGCAGGAAGCCUGCCACCAUUGCUGAAGUGGGUCAGAACAAAACGAGCAAAGCAAAGAUCAGCUGGGUGAACAAUGUUAAUAAAGAAGCCUUCAUGCCACCAGAUCUACACAGCAUUGUGGAACAUCAAGAAGAAGAACAACAGAAAACUGGUUCAAGUUCCAAAGAAGUAACGCCUGUGUUAAAUAAACCAGAGGAAAGACCUGUUAAGGCAACAGUCUCAUCAGUAAGGCAAAGGAGAAACCCAUUUAAUUCCACUGCAUCAGAUGAUAACUUGAACAAUGAGCAAUCAGAGGACAGACCAGCCAUUGUACCUCAGCUGUCAAAGAAGGAAAUUUGUUCACUCUCAGAAGACAGCCCACCUAAAUCUAAUUUACAAAAUGGUGAAACAGAUAAACCUGAGAAGCCUUCUGUAGAACUUACUGAUGAAUCACAGAAGGAAAUAGUUAAGCGUCCUGUCCCAAAAGCUAGGAAACUAAUUCACAAAGCAGCAGAUUCUGUAUCACAAAGAGAAGACCUUGUUCCCAAACCAACCAAGCAGACUGAGAGGAUUAAUGGCAUUGGUACCCCACCCAGGGGAAUUCUGAAGCGUAGCUCAAGCUCAAGUUCCACUGACUCAGAAGUUCGGGUCAGUCAGAUGUUAGAUGUCCAGAAAAAAAAUGGUCUUUCUACUGCAACUAUUUUUGAAGGAGAAGGUAAGAAGAACUCUCUUACGGAAGGAGCAGAAGACUCCACACAAAAUUCACUGGAAAAACUGAAACAAGUGAGGUUUUCAUCUAGCUCAGAUAAAGGAAAACCUCUGCGAAGCCCACAGCUGCACCAUGGUAAAGAAAACGGAGAGCAUGGUAUCUUAAAACCUGACCAAAAAAAGAGUACUGAAAAUUAUGCUGUUCAAUCAGAUUCACUUGGGGAUAAGCAAAUUUCUUCUGCAAAGCCCUUGGGAACCUAUUCAUCAACUUUACAAAUGAAAAUAAUAGAUGGCUUAGAAGAAGACACAUCUGCAUCCAGCCCUUGUGACAGUAACCGAUCAGUCUUCCCGGUGAGUGAAAGCUUCCGGACAAAUACAGUUUCUACCAAGAAACUUGGAACUCCACAGAAGACCUCAAGUAAUAUCCUGUCGAACAGCAAUUAUGAACAGAGUGUUGAUGAGACACAUGAAAAAAAAUCCAACCAGAUCUUGAGCCAUGAAUCAGAGUCACACAAAAACUUUACUGAUGGACAUCAACUUUCUGCUGAAACAGAAGCGUGUGAGGUGUCCAGUACCAAUUCUACAAGUCUUCAACAAGGUAAGCCUGAUCUUGUUGAGGAGAGAGAUGCUAAAACCACUUUCAAACCUGGAAAACAUGUUGAUGGACUCACGAAAGUGGAUGAUGAAUCUGUACCAAAAGUUUUAGAGUGGUUUAAGAGAAGUUCUAGUACUGAAGAUAAGGAACUUGUAUCAAUGAAGUCCCAAGGCAGGGAGCCCAGAGAGGUGGUGGAUGUGUCACUCAGAACAGCAGUUCUUCCUACAGAACACAGUGGGCCUGGCAUGCAUGAAAAAACAGAAGAUACAGAAGAGAGACCAUUUGAAAAGAUUAAACAACAGAGCACUAUUUCAUCUACAUCCUUUACUUUAGAAAACGUGCAGCUGAUAAAGGAGAGGGUGAAGCCUAAGACUGGGGAAGCAAAUGAAAAGCAAAAUGAUAAAUUGCUGACUGAUUUUGAUUGUACAAGAGUUGAAGAAAAAGAACAUGGUCAAGAAAUCAAACAACAAAAUAAAAAAUCAAAUCUCUUGGAACAUCAAGAACAAAAGCUACCAGCUCAGAAAUGUGAAUCGGAGAAAGCAAUACAAGAAAAAAGAAGAAUAAGGGAGAUCAGAGCAUUCUGGGAAAGGGAUCAAACUAUCCCCAGUCAUGGAGGGAAAGAAGUUAGUAUUAAUGCUGAUGCAUCAGGUGGCCGUGCACUGACAGGUCUCAGAGAAAGUGACAAACUCAAACAAUCUGCAGUGUAUCUACCUAAGGCUUUGCAUGAUCAGAGCAAGAAUACAUUAAGAAGUCCUGAACUAAGUUGUGUGAGCCAGGCUUCAAGAAACAAAAGUCACCAGUCUUUCGAAUGUGGAGCAGGCCAUACAUUUGGAAAGCCAGGAGGGACACUUCAAUCUGAUGAAGCUUGUGAAGGUACAGAACUCCUAAAAGCCCGUAACUUGAAUCCCAGAGCUGGUGUUACUUCAGCUUCCUCAAAAAGCAAAGAUAAAGAUGAGAAGGAAACUCUUAAAGAGAAAGCCACUGCUUCUUCCCAACAGAAGCCCAGCUUCCAGGUUUUGUCUUUAAAAGAAAAGAUGAAUGAAAAGUCCACGAAUCAAAUUUUAGAUCCUUCACACUUCCAGAGUCUGAGAAACUUCUGGGAUACUGGAGUUAAAUUCCAGAGCAGCAUUGGCAGGGAAGAUGAUUCUUUGCCAAACAGUACUAGAUCAAUUACCUAUGAAAGAAAAUCAAAGGAAGAUAAAAAAGGUAGAGAUAAUGUGAACAAGCAAGGGUUAAUUCAACAACAAGCCCAAACAUCUGAGAAAGAAAAAAUACAGCAACUAGAUUCUGUGGUACGCAAAAAGUCUGUAGGAUCUCCUAUCCUAAAAGGUCUGAAUGUGACACACGCAAAAAAUACGGACCCUCUCCAGCUGGACAGACGACCAGUUAUCUCAAAAUCCCAGGAAAAGAUGGGUCUUCCAGAGCAAGAAGUUAGAGAACUUAGAGAAAAAAGCAUUAUUUCAUCAAAAGAUCAUCAUGUAUCCUUGCAGCUCCAGUCACCUGGUGAUAAAGAUGCUUUAAAGGAGACAGUAGUAGGUGAUAAACUAUAUUUACCUAUAGAAAAAGAGGAAAACAAGACUACUCCUUUGGAUAAAGAAGUUGCAGAGACUGUGGAUAAAGUUGUUCUACCUAAGGGUGGUGAAGAAGAAUUAAACCCUGUUUUGAUGGCUUUGAAAAGGAGUGCAGAUAGGAAAAAGCCUUCCAAAAGUCUAGAGGACAUUCCAUCAGCCACCUCAAAUAAAGAAAAAAUAAAUAAACCAAAGGAAGAAUUAGUUCUUAGUGCUGAAGAUGGUCCGAAACCUGAUCAGCAUCAAGAGAGGACUGAAAAUGCAGCAGAAAUUUCCACAGUGACUUCACAGCCUGAUAAACUGUUUUCCAACCCUGAAAAACUCAAAGGACUGAGCAAGUCAGUACCCUCAUUCUUACAGGAAGAGAGUGAUGACAGAGAGACAGAUACAGCAUCAGAAAGCAGUUAUUCCUUUGGCAGAAUCAAGAAGAGUCCCAGCUCUCUAACCAAUCUUAGCAGCUCUUCUGGCAUGGCCUCCUUAUCCUCUAUGAGUGGCAGCCUAAUGAGCAUCUACAGUGCAGACUUUGGCAGUGUUGAUGUGAAGGGGAACAUUCAGUUUGCCAUUGAUUUUGUGGAAAAGCUGAAUGAGCUGCACAUCUUUAUUUGCCAGUGUAAAGACCUGGCAGUAGCAGAUGUUAAGCGGCAGCGUUCAGACCCGUAUGUAAAGACCUACCUGCUUCCAGAGAAAUACAGACUGGGCAAACGGAAGACCUCUGUCAAAAAGAAAACUUUUAAUCCAGUCUAUAAUGAAAUACUGCGGUAUAAAAUUGAGAAGGAGCUCCUAAAGAAUCAAAGCCUCAAUAUCUCAGUCUGGCACAAUGAUACCUUUGGGAGGAAUAGCUUCCUUGGUGAAGUGGAGUUGGAUUUGGGAUCUUGGAAUUGGAAUGAUCCAUCCAAUAAGCAGAUCAACUGGUUUCCUCUCAAGCCAAGGACUUCAGCAAUAACUUUUAAUCUAGAAAACAGAGGGGAGAUGAAACUAGCCCUCCAGUAUGUCCCACAUCCAAUUGGAGGAAAGAAGACUCUGUCUACUGGUGAGGUCCACAUCUGGGUGAAGGAAUGCCAUAACCUUCCUCUUCUGAGAGGCAAUAGGCUCAACUCUUUUAUUAAAUGUACCAUUCUUCCAGACACCAGCAGAAAAAGUCGCCAGAAAACAAGGACGGUUGCCAAAACUACAAACCCGGUUUUCAACCACACCAUGGUCUAUGAUGGCUUUAGACCAGAAGAUUUAAAAGAAGCCUGCAUAGAGCUCACAGUCUGGGAUCACAACAGACUAGCAAACCACUUUCUGGGAGGCCUCCGGAUAGGCCUUGGAACAGGCAAAAGCUAUGGAACUACAGUAGAUUGGAUGGAUUCUACUUCAGAUGAAACUGCCCUUUGGGAGAAGAUGAUGAACUCUCCAAACACCUGGAUAGAAGAUACACUACCUCUCAGGAUGCUCAUGGUUGCAAAAUUGACAAAAUAAGAUGGCCCAUCAGCAGAGGAUAUCUUCUACAGAGAUAAGGAUCACUGCCCCACCUGGUUUCAGCAGAUGGUGAUGGAAUACCUACUUUUGGGCACAUCUUUAGGUUGUAACCUAGGACAGUGUUAAAGCUCAUUGGUAUGGUUUUUUUUUGUCCUCAUUCAGCCAUGUUAGAUCUCACCAACAUGCAAUAUGGGCAUGAAGAAUUUAGCUUUUUGAAAGUUCCUCUAGUUGUGAUUGUACAUUUCUAGGACAUGACAG